GCAUCUUCUCUGCUACUUUCCUUUAGGAUCAGGUUUUGGCGAAGGUUUUGUCUGGUUUCAGCGUGUUCUGCCUAGGUGUCUGGUUAUAUCGUCUCAGAAGCAUUACUUAGAUUCCUUGUCUCAUUGGGAAAAACCGAAGCCUUGAGCGUGUGUAUAUAUAUAGACAGAGGAGCAAUUUGAUCGAUAUUGAUCUGUGAAGAGACUUGUUUCGGUCGCUUACUUUUCUCGGAAAAUGGAGUUUACAGGAGAAGAAAUCGAUUACGUUUUUCUGAUUCAGAAGACUUUGGUUCUGUUGUUUUGUGUUACAUUGUCAUGGAAGAUGAUCGUAUACAUGUGCAAUUUGUUAAAUGUGGAGAAAGAACCUGUUAGGGUUUUGGUUACUGGUGCAGCUGGGAACAUAGGAUAUUCUAUCGUUCCAAUGAUUGCGAGAGGGAUCAUGCUAGGGCCCGAUCAACCCGUGAUUCUGCAUUUGCUCGAUAUAGCAUCGGCUUCUGAAGCACUUGAAGGGGUGAAAAUGGAAAUUCUUGAUGCUGUUUUCCCUCUUCUACAAGGUGUUAUUGCUACUACGGAUGUUGUUGAAGCUUGUAAGGAUGUGAACAUUGCAAUCAUGAUUGGUGGGUUCCCGCGAAAGGAAGGCAUGGAAAGGAAAGAUGUGAUGUCCAAGAAUGUGACGAUAUAUAAAGCCCAGGCUUCGGCAUUGGAGCAAUAUGCUGCAGAGGACUGCAAGGUUCUUGUGAUUGCCAACCCUGCAAACACCAAUGCGCUGGUCUUGAAAGAAUUUGCACCUUCAAUCCCGGAGAAAAACAUCACUUGCCUCACACGUCUUGACCAUAACAGGGCAUUGGGUCAAAUUGCAGAGAAGCUAAACUUUCCUGUCAGCAAUGUGAAGAACGUGAUCAUAUGGGGAAACCAUUCCUCUACUCAGUACCCAGACAUCAACCAUGCAGCUGUCUCCACGAACAGUGGAGAUAGGCCUGUAAGAGAUCUCGUAACUGAUCACCAGUGGAUGAAGAACGAGUUUGUCACAACGGUUCAGCAACGUGGUGCAGCUGUUAUAAAAGCCAGGAAGCAGUCAAGUGCUUUAUCCGCUGCUAGUGCAGCUUGUGACCAUAUUCGUGAUUGGGUUCUGGGAAUCCCCAAGGGAACUUGGGUCUCCAUGGGCGUCUGCUCUGAUGGCUCUUACGGGAUCCCGCCCGGACUCAUCUACUCCUUCCCUGUUACUUGCGAGAAAGGCGAGUGGAAAAUCAUCCAAGGACUCAGGAUAGACGAGUUUUCAAGGUCGAAAAUGGAUGAGACCGCGAGAGAGCUCGUUGAAGAGAAGGCUUUGGCUUAUUCCUGUCUCAAUGUCUCAGACCGGUGAAGAGUAAUUGCUCAAAUUACUGUCAUUCCAAUGAAGUACGAAGGAGAAUCACAGUUUGUGAAUAUUGUAUUCAAAUUUGUUUCAUGUGGGCGGUCUGAAACAAUUUAGUAUUUAUGAUGUUUGAUUUUACAAAAAAAAAAAAAGAAUUUAUGUUUAUGUAUAAAUCACCUGAUUUUAACAAGAAAAUUGUAUAUUGAAUAGGGUAUUCCACCGUUCUAUUGUCAUUAUUCAGACCAAAAUCAAAACCA